CCACAGCUCAUACGCCGGCCACAUGGGGCAGAUCGAUCCAGAGCUGAGGGCCGCGUUGUCUCCAGACUGCCACAUGACGCCCGUCUUCGACGAGCGAUCCUUCCACAGCCCUCUGUACCAUAGCCCCACCCACGACCCCCAGGGCUCCCUCUACAGGACAAGCACGGGCAUGGGGACACUCCCUCGUACCACAAGCCAUGGUGGCACGCUGCCAUACCAAAGAAGCAGCUACGGGCUGAGCUCUGCAGCACUGUACGUCGACACCUACAGGGCCUCUGGGGAACCCAGCUUCUCACACCGGCACUCGGGACUGAUGGACCGGGUUGCUACCCGCACCCCGUCCAUUGAGAGCAUACAUAAGGACCCUAGGGAGUUUGCCUGGCGGGAUCCCGAGCUGCCGGAGGUCAUCCACAUGCUGCAGCAUCACUUCCCCUCCGUCCAGGCCAACGCAGCCGCGUACCUGCAGCAUCUGUGUUACGGAGACAACAGGGUCAAGGUGGAG